CUUCCAUGUCCUGGACAGUUUGCUUCAAACAGUGGCAGGCUGGAUGGGUUUGGGGCUUUGCUGGGCUAUGCAGAUUGUUGUGGCAUCUUUCCAGAGCUGCAGUUAUUAUUCUUGCUUAGCUCUAAUACGUGGGAAUGGAUUUAAUCUCUCCCUUACCUCUUUACAUCACAACAUGGUGUAAUUCAUGGAGGAGGCAACAUGCAGUUACCUAAUUCAACACUCAGGCCUUAUAUAUAAAGUUAAUAGUUUUUUAGCUGAAGCUUUACAUUGAUUCUGUUAAUACAAGCACACAAACUAAUUGGUUUUGAUAGAAUUGGAAUUAAUCUGGGUGCAGAAGUUUGCAGUUCUUGCUCAUGUGUAUAUCACAUACCUACAGCACCCCAACAUCCAGCUGACCGUGAAGUCCUCAGGCUGUAGAGGUCUGUACAUCCUCAAAUUCCUGCUGUCGCCUCCAGCAUCUCAUUACUCACAGACCUAUGGCUGGGUCAGAUCCUGAGCAGCCUCACCUCAUGGAAGAACAGAAGUUUAAAUAGUGUGAAAACAACUGCAGAAACAGCUUUAGUUCAGGAAGCUCAGUGCCUGGAGGAUGCUCUGCUUAAAUAAUUAGGCUGCUUAUCCCAGCAGCGUGUCUGACGGGGCUAACUGCUUAAGCUACAAUAAUCUUAAAACUGUCACAGUCAGAUGCUUGCCUGACACUGCAAGAUUUAAAGAACUGAGCAGCAGAUAAGCCAGCAGUGGAGGAGCAGCCCUGGUGUCCUGCCUGCGAGGAGAGCUCCAUGACUUUGGCUGGAGCCCGUGUCUUUGAUGUGAAGGUGAGCAGGGCUGGCGUGGAGCCCCUGAGGUCAGAACCUUCGCAGGAGCUGCCUUCUGCUCAGACAGAAAUCAGGCAGCAGUCAUGAGCUACCUGGAUGAAGUUCCCUUCCGCAAGGCCUGGAGCCUCGAUGGGGACUCAGGGGAAGAAAACACUUUAAUCACUGCCCCAGCCAUCGAGGUCCCUGACUGCACUGACAUCCUCAUGAGCACCAUGUAUGACUUCUCACUGGAAAGAAAAGUGCUUUACUGGGUCGAGGUGGCCUCUCAGCAGCAAACCUCCUGCCAUCGGGUCACUUCUGAAGUCAUCCCCACGGCUCCACCGUGCUGGCUGCUGCUGGUGGACCCUGCUGACCGCUAUGGAGGGAGAGCUCGGGAUGGAGCCGUGCGGCGCAGCAUCAGCCUGAGUGCUGCUGACAACAGCCAUGGGUCCACCAAGGGCAGAGGUGCCUUGUCUGACACCGAGAGCGAGACCUGGUACUCGGGGGAGGACGGGUACUCAGAGGAUGAUGAGUACUCCUCGACUUCCUGGGAAGAGAGUGACAAGGAUGAAAAGGUUUCCAGGAGGAGAAACGCUGGGAGAAGUGUGGCUCCGUGUCCCAGCUUUUGCCAGACCCGACCAAAGACAUCACCUGGCUUGCUGGAGCCCUUGCCCAAGAACAGCAUCCACAACACAGCCAGCCCGAUCCUGAGCAAGCAGAGAAGAUCCAUGGUGAUAUUUAACAACAUGAAGAACGAGCUGGAGGCGGCCAGGAGGAAGCUGGCUGCUUUGGUGCAUCCUUUGAACAGAGCUGCUGUGGAGAGCAAGGUCCCGGUGCCACGGCUGCUGCCCCAGCGUCCCCGCACCAGCCACGGCAUCAGGUUCAGGCCAGCCCCGGACGUGUCCCGGCUGGGGACCCUGGUGCCGUCACCUCCGACUGCACCAAUCCCCCCCAUCAAACGGCAUAAGCCCACGGUGCCGUCCCUCAGCCCCUACGCCUGCCUCCCCCCUGCCUCUGCGCCUGCACGACCCCUCAGCUCCUGCAGCUCCCAACCGGAUCCGGCUGCUGACCUGCUCUCAGCACUGAGCCAAGAGGAGCGAGACCUCAUCGAGCCCGUGAUAGCCUUGGGCUACCCCACUCACAAAGCCAUCCUCACCCUCCAGAAGACUGGAAGGCAAAGCUUAAGUCAGUUCCUGAGCUACCUGAGUGCCUGUGACCGGCUGCUGAAGCAGGGCUACGAGGAAGGGCAGGUGGAAGAGGCCAUGGAAAUGUUCCAGUACUCGGAAAAAAAGGCAGCUGAAUUCUUGCAUCUGUUAUCUCAGUUCAACGAUAUGGGUUUCCAGCAAAACGAAAUCAAAGAAGUUCUUCUGCUUUGUGGGAAUCAGAGGGAGAAGGCGCUGGAAGAGCUCGUGAUGAAAGCCCAGUGACCAGCACCCUGGAUCCAGCAACCUGGAUCCCAGCCACAGCUUCUCCUCUCCAGUCUGGACCACAGAAGGACUCAGGGGGGUCAGCACACGCUUACCCUUCUGCUGCUCCAAGCCCACCCCAGCAGCACGGCUCAUGGGCACAAGCCUCCAAAGCACUCACUGGUGUCUCAUCCUGGUUUAUGGACAUCCACUAUAAGCGUGUGUGUCGCUGUACUAAGGCAAAGGCUUUCUAACAGGAGUGAGUGUUCACCCAUCCAUCUCCUCCCUUGAUCAUCUCAGCUGUUCAAAUUAGAUGCAGUAAGAUCCAAACCGCCUUCAACUUAGGUUUUGCAAAACCCAAACCACAGUUUUCUUCCUUCACCAGGGUGAUGGGUGCUGUGUUUUCAACUGUAAUCAAAUGUGGAUUCUUUAAAGAUUCUAUAAAUGAACAGAAGAUACUGUUUUCAUAAAAACUGAAGGCUCCUGAAGAAACAUUUAUUGGUCCUUGCUUGGCAAGAGUCUCGUCCAACUUAGCUAUGGUUUAAUAUUGUAAUUGCUAUCCAGUCUGAUCACAUUAGCUUCUCUUUUAAACUAGAAACUUGAGAAAAAGACACAAUUCAAUGAGCAUACGGAAAGAAACCAGGCUGCCCUUGCUGUAGAAAUACAGGAAGUUUAUCCAGUGUGAUGAAAAGUGGCUUAGACAGGGGUUUGUGCUCAGGGAAUUUCAUGAAAUCAGAACAGAGAGACUGGGAACAGCUCGGCUGCCCUCGCGCUCUGCAUGAAUCAGGAAAAUUCAGGGGAUGCUUCCCUAAACUGUGGAGACAGCGGCUCCAAAUGAAGUUAAGCACAAAUGUCAGGAUCAGGAAAUCUGGAUGCCCAGGGGAAUUUUUGUAUGCAACUGAAGGAUGGAGAAUGGGAGAUUCAGGUCACCUCAUGGCAUGUGUCUCUUGGCUUGGCAGUGGAACAGCGGACAGUGGUUUUUAUGUAAAACUACAUUGUUUUCCUCUGAAUUAGAUACAAAUGUAAUUGCUUCGAGUAAAGAUGGUUGGAGGGGUUCUUC